GUACACCUCUCGCCUCUCGCGCUUCCAAACCCUGCUGCCGCCGUCGCGCUCGCCUCCUCUUCCCCGCUCCAUCUCUCCGAUCAGGGUCAGGUCGACGAGCGCGGGCGGCGGGGUCCGUCGGAAAGCUCGCCGGCAAGGGACGAUCAGUCUUCUCCCCUCUUUCCUCGGAGUAGUAGGUCACCGGAGGCAAGCGAUCUCCUCUAGCUCCGGCGGCGCCACCAUCAGGAAACGGCGACCUCGAGGCCGACCAGGUCUUGCAGUGGUUAGACAACGUGGGCGAACAGGUAGUUCAGCUACGGCUAGCUGCGUCCUUCUGGGUUCGUAACCCUCCUUAAUUGCCAGGGUCGCACUGCCUGCCUCUGAAUCGGAAUAAUUUCUACGGUUUCUUUGUCAGAUUAUUACUCGCAUAUAUGCAUUGUGGCUCUUAUAUCUCAAAUACUUUCUUCUUCAAACAAGAAACCAACUGUUUAAUUAGGGCACCUGCAAGUGUUAAAUUGCAGUUUACUUGUUUAAUUAGGGCACCUGCAAGUGUUCAAUUGUUUUGUGGCUUUUCCUUUCAUAUUGUGUUAAAUUGCAGUUCACCUGCUUUGUGGGUUAUAAUUAGGGCGCCUGUAAAUACUUGCUUGUUUUGUUGCUUUUCCUUUGGUUUGGUAUUUUUGCCCAAAACAAUUGCCUUUCUAGCUUAUGCCUGCCGCACCAGACCAACUACCAAUUCCAUGACUUUUUGUUAGUGCAUCGCGUGGAACAGAUGAAAGGAGCAGUGAGAUUGUGUUGAUCAAUAGGUUUGGAUCUCGGUUUGCGUCUGUGAUUCUAGCAGUACACACCAGGAAAGAUAGUGCGGGCACCUUGGAAUUUUGUUGGCAAAUGGCGAUCAACGGUAGUAGCUCCAGCAAAAGAAAAGUUGAAGCGCAGCAAGAGGGGGAGAGCAGCUCCAAGAAGCUGAAUGUCACCGUGGGGUUGGAGACCCUUGACUGUAGUAUCUGCUCUGCGCCCCUCAGGCCUCCGAUAUUCCAGUGCUCUGUGGGGCAUUUCAUAUGCUCCUCGUGCCGUGAAUGCGAGGAUCAACUGGACCACAAGUGCUCCACAUGCUCUGUCAAAACUUCCUACAAGCGCUGCUUUGGAAUGGAACAUGUCGCCCAGUCAGUCACAGUUGCUUGCUCCAAUGACAAGUACGGAUGUGCGGAGAAGUUCACCUACUAGAAGAAAGAAGAACACGAGAAAGCAUGCCCGAAUGCCCCAUGCUUCUGCCCAGAGUCCGGUUGUCAAUUCGCUGGGCCAACAAAGAUGCUCCUGAACCAUUUCACUACCCAGCACAAGUGUCCAUCUACAAAACUACCAAACUCUGGCACGGUGUCUCUCCACCUGAAACCGGGCUUACAUGUUCUGCAAUGCACCGGCACCAGCUACUUUAUCUUGCUCAGCAUGGCAUCGAAGCCUUUUGGACAUGCCAUCUCAGUCGUCUGCGUCCAACCAAACGUUACGGAAUUCAGGUUCGCAUGUACUAUGAGCUAUGACUGCCUAACGACCGGCUGCUGUGGAAGUACAAGCUGCCACAUAAGGAGCUCUUCGCUCUCUGAUGGGCUUCCGACAGUGUAUGACUUGAUACUUCCCAAGGGAAAGGUUUCUGAUGAUGAAAACAGCAUCGUGCUCAAAGCCACCAUUCGUCGUCAACCAUUAGGUCUCAGCAGAUCUUGUUUUCGAGAAAUGGGUCCGACUCCUGCACUUGAACGAAAUCCCGAUACUUGUGAUGUUGAGGAGGAGGAGGAGGAUCAUGAGGAAGAGGAGGAGCAUAAUGAGGAAGAGUUGGAUGAUGAUCAUGAGGACGAGGAUGAUGAUGAUGAUGAUGAUGAUGAUGAGGAGGAGGAGGAGGAGGAGGAGGAGGAUAAUGAAGAAGAGUUGGAUGAUGAUCAUGAGGACGAUGGUGAUGAUGAUGAGGAGGAGGAGGUGGAUGAGGACUAGGAGGAUAAACCUUGAAGUCUCAGCGGCCAGCAGAUCCAGUCUUCGAGGAAAUGCCCCGACUCCUGCUGUUCAACGAAGAUCCUACUCUGACACUGAUGAUGUGGAUAAUACACCUUUAAGUACCGGCCUUGUUUCGAGAAUUGGGCCAGAUCCUUCUGCUGGGUUUUCUUCUACCUCUUUUUUACC